UUUUUUUUUUACGUUGCCUUAAUUUUUUUAUAGUCAUUCACAGGAAUUAACAAUAUGGCAAGCAGCAGUCAGUGUGAAAUGCAGUGUGAAAAAUAGCCUUUUAAAAAUUAUUUCGUCACGAGGACGCAUGCAUAAUGUAGCCGGGAACGAUUAUGAACAAACCAUCUUACAGUAACGUUAAUCCAUUUACAUUUUUUUUCGUUAUUACUUGUUUAGAACAUUUAGAGAACAUUCCAAAGUAAUGUUCCCAUAAUAACUUUCAGACUUAAUGGGAACGUUCUUACAUACAACUUGUUGAUAUUCAGAAGGAAGCAUGACUAUAAGUUAUUUAUACAAUAAUAACAGUGUUGAUAAGUUAAGUCGAGGAAUUGACCCAUCACUUUGGUGACCAUGUUUAUAUUAUACUCCAUAUACAGUUUUGCCAAUGUAAGGAUUGCAAUUUUUUCUGUCUAUUUGAAUGUGUGUCUGUUAGUCGGGCAAAAUGGUUUAUGUGUGUAGAAGUAUGAAGCAGACAGAGAAGUCUGGGAUGACAAGGACUGGAUGUUCCAACUUUGUGGUCACAGCGACCUAAAGAUAUAUUCAAGCACACAUUCGCACCCAUUACCCCUCAGCAUUCCUAGGGUUCAGGUUCUGGGCCUGUCAACAUAUUGGAGCAAAUGUUUUCCAUAUAACACAAGGGACUAUCCAUAAAGAGACUUGGGUGACAGUUGCAAAUUUUGUGGUUGAAAUUGGUCAUUUGUUAUGUUUCAUCCUGGUCCUGGGAUGAGUUGUUGUGUGUUUCUUCUGGUGAUGGCUGAGGCGUGAGAGGGUUGAAAUAAAUAAUAAUAUUUACGACUUAUUAUGUGAUAUAUACACUUCAGUGAAUUGUCUAGAUGACACUUUAGAAAAGACGACAGCAGUGUGUAAAACAUUUCAUGUUAUAACCUACUGUAAAAAUAACUUUCAUGAAAGUGGUGUUAAUAGUUGCAAAUAUGUUCCUGUUUUACUUUUAUUUGCAGUGCCAUAGUCACAUGGUCACAAAACAGUGAAGUGAUUUCCUGUUUAUGAGCGUGAAGUGAUCUUUUGUAUUUUUUUUUGUAUUAUGCACCACGUUCCACACAUGACGUGCUCUGUUCUAAAAAAAACAUUAACCCUGAAUUAUUUCAGAACGCAGUAUGACGUCACUGCUGCGUCAUUUAUUUGCCAACUGUACUUGAUAUGUAGUUAUUUUGUGAAGCAACCUUUAAAAACGCUAUCUAUGUAGUAUUACAUUUGUAAUUAAGUAUAAUAACACCCACACGUCCUCAUUGUACUGUAUGUAUGUAUGUAAAGUGCACUGAUGAUGAACACUCGCGUGAUUCGCGUGGAGGAGUGAGCGUAUAAAAAUAUCAGAAUUCCCUCGCGCGUCGUGAUGCUCCUCGUGACCAUGAAUCACUGAGUCACGCCUUUAAACCCAUCACCGCAAACCCCACGGACACGUUUUGUCACACGCGUGAACCCAGCGAUAUUAAACUGAGCAGCAGCGUGGAAAUAUGACUCGCGCGAGCGGAAUAGAGCUACGCUAUGGAUGUUUCACGCGCGCGGUCUCUCACAUGGUGCGUAGAUGCAUAAAUGGUUCAUGUACAGUACGUGCAGUAACUUACUCUCUACUUCAGGUGUGUUUAAGGUACCGGGGCGAGGCAUCAUGCGAUCUACCUGAGCGUGAUUGUUCCACCUGGAGGUUACAGGAUGCCGGUGCAGGCAGCUCAAUGGACUGAGUUUCUAUCCUGCCCCAUCUGCUAUAAUGAGUUUGACGCCUGCAGCCACAAGCCCAUCAGCCUGGGCUGCUCGCACACCGUCUGCAAGACCUGCCUGCACAAACUGCACCGCAAGGCCUGUCCUUUUGACCAGACGGCCAUUAGCACUGACAUUGAUGUGCUGCCUGUCAACUGUGCCCUCCUGCAGCUGGUGGGGGCACCGGUUCCGGAGGGAGAGAAUGUGAGUGUGGGCAGUGUUGAAGAGACAAGACAUUAUGAAGUGUGCAGGAUCUGUGUGGAGGAGCUGGCGCUGUAUCUCAGACCAAUCAGUGGAGGAAAAGGUGCAGUGACUCUCAGUCAGAGCACGCUCAGUAGACCCAUGCAGAGGAAGCUGGUGACCCUGGUGAACUGCCAGCUGGUCGAGGAGGAGGGGCGUAUGAGGGCGGUGCGGGCGUGCAGAUCUCUGGGUGAGCGCACCGUCACUGAACUGAUCCUGCAGCACCAGAACCCACAGCAGCUCUCCGCCAACCUAUGGGCCGCUGUUCGGGCCCGCGGCUGUCAGUUUCUAGGACCUGCCAUGCAGGAAGACGGGCUGAAGCUGGUGCUGCUGGCUCUGGAGGACGGCUCGGCUCUCUCGAGGAAGGUUCUGGUGCUGUUUGUGGUGCAGAAACUGGAAGCACGCUUCCCUCAGGCGUCUAAGACCAGCAUCGGUCAUGUAGUUCAGCUGCUGUACCGCGCCUCCUGCUUUAAGGUGACCAAACGCGAUGAGGACUCCUCCCUCAUGCAGCUCAAAGAGGAGUUUCGGACGUAUGAAGCGCUGCGGCGUGAGCACGACGCUCAGAUCGUUCACAUCGCAAUGGAAGCAGGACUGCGCAUCUCACCGGAGCAGUGGUCGUCUCUGCUGUACGGGGAUCUGAUGCACAAAUCUCACAUGCAGUCAAUCAUAGACAAGCUUCAGUCCCCAGAAUCCUUUGCAAAGAGCGUGCAGGAGCUCACCAUAAUCCUGCAGAGAACAGGAGACCCAGCCAACCUCAACAGCCUCAGAGCUCCUCUCGAGCGGCUGGCCGGCAUCGACCACAACCCUGAUGCGGCCGCUCCGUCCUGGACAGAGCUGGAGAGCGUGUUGUUGGCUGUGAAGGUUGUUGUCCACGGGCUGGUGGAAUUCAUCCAAAACUUCAGCAAAAAGUCCAGUGAAAGCCCCCAGGCUCAACCCAACAGCAAGUACAAGACGAGUAUGUGCAGGGACUUACGGCAGCAGGGCGGCUGCCCAAGAGGGGCCAGUUGCACUUUUGCCCACACGCAGGAGGAGCUUGAGAAGCAUAGAUUGAGGAAUAGGAAACCCAGUGGGGCGGUGCGACCCUUCCCAUCAGGUCCAGUGGUUGUGCCCAAAACGGGCACCAAAGGAGCAGUCCCAGGGUCAGAGGUGAAGAACCACGAGAAAGACGCCUCAGAGGAGGCAUCUCCCACUCAGCUCAUCCCAAGAGGAGGAGACCACCAGGAGGACAACUCGCUCCCCAAUAGUGCUAACGGACUGCCUGCUGCCAACAUAGACCAAAAUCCUGUCAGUGGGUGCCAGUCAUCUUCGAUAGCUUCAAGAUUGUGUACAGAGGACGACUGUGGUCUCCUCAAACACGGGCCUGUCCUCACGAGAGCUCAUCCUCAGAUUUACUAUUCUCAGGACCAGAGACCAUAUGACCUGUCACCCUACCACCAACCUGCCUUUCCUCCUCACAAGUCAUGCAACGCUCGUUUUCAUCGUUCCAGCAAUGUGACCGAAUCCAUGUUACCCCCUUCGAUGGGCCCUCUGUACCCAGAUCAGCACCCCUCUAUUCCUCCUGCAGACAGAUUAGGCCCUGCCCCGUAUGGCCCACCCUCGACCUACACCUCUAUGUCCCAUGCACAUGGCAUGUACACCCCAGUCUACGACAGCAGGCGCAUGUGGAGGCCUCCGCUGUAUCCCAGGGAUGGCGGGAGGAGUAACUCUCUCCCUCCAGAGGUUUUCCAUUCCACUGUCUACCAGCCGCCCCUCCGGGAGCGCUUCAACUCGCUGGACAGCCCCUACUGCAGCAGAGCAGAGCAGAAAGCACCAAUGCACAGGGACACGUACUCCCGUGUUCCUCUCGGCUAUGAGGAUCUCUGUCGCCACAAACAGGAACAGUGGCUACAUCACCACAGCAACAUGAACAGGCCCCCCCAGUCCUCCCCAGAUUUCACUGUGGAUAUGUGUCCUGAGCAUCCUGAAGGUGUAGGUGGUGGGCGUAUGACUUGUAAGUGUCAUGGUGGAGAAGAGAGUCUUGCCCACUAUUCGCCCUGGUCGUGCAGCACCAUCAGCCCAUUUGAGUCAGAGCCCCACCAUUUGUCAACCCACUCCUGUUCCAAACAGCUAGACAGCGAAAGUGGCGGCAAACGGUGGCUGCACAUGUUCGAGCCCUACAGGAGACUGAAAGAUGAAGAUCCCAUCAUUCCUUUUGGAGAGGGGCCCAUAAUCUCUAAAUGGGGAGCUAUCUCCCGCGCUUCACGCACUGGCUUUCACACAACUGCCCCGGUCCAGGCCACUGCAUCACAAGGGUGCGGCGGCACCACUUCAGUCAACUUCAGAGACUAUAGUUGUCAUAUUGGUCACAGUGACCUCAGAUGGGGCCCACGUGGUUCUGACUCUUCUAGUCACUCCAGCUUUCUAGAAAGCGAUCAGCUGGUCGUGUCAGGGCUGCAUGUGAGGCACGAUUCCUUCAGCAGCGGGUCAAAGCAGGGCACAGAUCUGCUGGGGAAAGAUGGGACAGAGAGUGAGCCUGACAGAGACAUCGAGCUGGAGCUGUCCGCUCUGGACAUGGAGGACACAGAGACACAGGACUGCAACUCUGAGGACUCAAUGGAAACACAAAGCCGCUCCCAGAACAACCGCCUCUCUGCCGUCUUCUGUGAUCGAGGGGCAGGUUCUCAUAACCUGAUUGACAGAAUGGACGCCCAUCUUAUGAAGAAGAUGGCAUUCAGAAAGACCCUCUCUCCUGGAGACCUCAGUAUGGGGAAUAUGCGGAUGAGGACAUGCUCGCCCAGGCCUGGAGAUACUCUGCGACCCAGUCCAGGACCUGAGAUGCUGCUAAACGGGAACUGAGGGGGGCUGAAAACACCAGUCCUCCUCAUGUUCCAAUUCCAUGUGGUCAUGCCAAGAAUCCACCAUCCUCCUUAGGUAGAAGGUAGAGUUGCCCUUAUAGGAGUCAAUCGAGGCAGCGAGAUGCAGCCAAAAGCCUUCUGUAUUCAUGUGUUCUCUUCAUAAGAGCUAGCUAUGCCCUGUAAUUGUAAUCACUCAUCAUCUGUUCAGAGUCUGUUUGUUUUUCUUAAUCACUGCUUGUGGAUGAAUGUUCACGUUGAGUCACAACUCCACCUCAGGUAACUCUUGACGUCAGCCAAUCAGAACUCUCUCCAAGCCAGGAAAACAAUUACCCAUGUCCCGUAACUCUGUACAGAAGUGACGGUUCUCACUAGCUUUUAGCACACUGAGGAAACCAUAAUCUACUGUAUUAUUAUAUAGCAGACUCUUCCAAUAUAUAUUAAGAAUAACCAAGGUGCUUGGAAUCUAUAGUACAUGCAUUAUUAUUAUUAUUGCAGUGUUAGCCACUGAAAUGUAAUAUGCAUUAAUUGUUUGUUCAGCAUCAUUGUUUGAAAAAAAAAAACAUUAAUUGAUCAUUAUUUAAAUGUUCUGCAUGUGUGUGCAUUGUGGUAUAUGUCUGGUAUCUCUAAGAGACAUUUCACAGGCAAUCAUUCAAUAUUUUGUAGAAAUAUUCAAAAGAAACAGUUCACCCUAAAAUGAAAAGUCUUUAAUUCUGAACACAGCUUUAACUUAUUUCUAAGUCUUAUGAAGCCUUGCAAUACAUUUGUGUGUGGAAUUUAUGCAGUUAAUCACUGGAAUUUAAUUGGCCAUUGGCAGUGUUGUAGUCGAGACCAGCUUGUUCAAGUCCAAGUCCACCCCUGAAUAAUUACGCUGAGUCAAGACUAAGACCAGAAGAGGGUUGAGUCUGACUCAGAGUUGAAGAAGACCAGAAGAGGGCCAAGUCCAAGUUAAGACAGAUACCAGAAAAAGGGGUCAAAUCAGAGUGAAGACAGAGACCAGAAGAGGGUUGAGUCUGAGUGAGGACAGAGACCAGAAGAGGGUUGAGUCUGAGUGAGGACAGAGACCAGAAGAGGGUUGAGUCUGAGUGAGGACAGAGACCAGAAGAGGGUUGAGUCUGAGUCAAGACAGAGACCAGAAGAGGGUUGAGUCUGAGUGAGGACAGAGACCAGAAGAGGGUUGAGUCUGAGUGAGGACAGAGACCAGAAGAGGGUUGAGUCUGAGUCGAGACAGAGACCAGAAGAGGGUUGAGUCUGAGUCAAGACAGAGACCAGAAGAGGGUUGAGUCUGAGUGAGGACAGAGACCAGAAGAGGGUUGAGUCUGAGUGAGGACAGAGACCAGAAGAGGGUUGAGUCUGAGUGAGGACAGAGACCAGAAGAGGGUUGAGUCUGAGUGAGGACAGAGACCAGAAGAGGGUUGAGUCUGAGUGAGGACAGAGACCAGAAGAGGGUUGAGUCUGAGUCAAGACAGAGACCAGAAGAGGGUUGAGUCUGACUCAGAGUUGAAGAAGACCAGAAGAGGGCCAAGUCCAAGUUAAGACAGAUACCAGAAAAAGGGGUCAAAUCAGAGUGAAGACAGAGACCAGAAGAGGGUUGAGUCUGAGUGAGGACAGAGACCAGAAGAGGGUUGAGUCUGAGUGAGGACAGAGACCAGAAGAGGGUUGAGUCUGAGUGAGGACAGAGACCAGAAGAGGGUUGAGUCUGAGUCAAGACAGAGACCAGAAGAGGGUUGAGUCUGAGUGAGGACAGAGACCAGAAGAGGGUUGAGUCUGAGUGAGGACAGAGACCAGAAGAGGGUUGAGUCUGAGUCAAGACAGAGACCAGAAGAGGGUUGAGUCUGAGUCAAGACAGAGACCAGAAGAGGGUUGAGUCUGAGUGAGGACAGAGACCAGAAGAGGGUUGAGUCUGAGUGAGGACAGAGACCAGAAGAGGGUUGAGUCUGAGUGAGGACAGAGACCAGAAGAGGGUUGAGUCUGAGUGAGGACAGAGACCAGAAGAGGGUUGAGUCUGAGUGAGGACAGAGACCAGAAGAGGGUUGAGUCUGAGUCAAGACAGAGACCAGAAGAGGGUUGAGUCUGAGUCAAGACAGAGACCAGAAGAGGGUUGAGUCUGAGUCAAGACAGAGACCAGAAGAGGGUUGAGUCUGAGUGAGGACAGAGACCAGAAGAGGGCCGAAUCCUAGUCAGGACAGGAACCAGAAGAGGAUUAUAUCCGGGUCAAAACAGAGACCAGAAGAGAGUCAAAUCAGGACAGAGUCUGAAUCAACACCAAGACCAGAAGAGGGCCCAGAAAAAGGCAGAAUCAUAGUCAAGACAAAGAUGAGAAAAAGGCUGAAUCCUAGUCAAGAUGAAGACAAAAGAAGGCUGAAUCCUAGUCAAGACAAAGACCAGAAGAAGGCUGAAUCUUAGUCAAGACAAAGACCAGAAGAAGGCUGAAUCUCAGUCAAGACAUGGAUGAGAAGAAAGCUGAAUCCUAGUCAAAACAGAGACCAGAAGACGGUUGAGUCUGUAUCAAUGCCAAGCCCACAAGAGAAUCAAUCCUGAAUCCAUGAUAAGACCAAGACCAUGAAUAAAUGUACUACAACAGAAUUUUGGUCAUUUUUUGGUGAACUGUAUCUUUAAUAGCUAUAAGCAACGGACAGCACAACAAAAUUAAACAGUUCAGUCUUGUUUGAGGAUGUGGAAUUGUUAAGUGUGUAUGAAACGUCUAAUACAGUGACGGUUCCUGUCUGUUGUUUACAAUAGUCAAAAGGUCACUUCAGUUUUUUUUUUUUUGCUGUUGUUUAUUCCUGUAGUUUCAGUUUGAAGAAUACAGAUGUUUAAAAAUGAGUUUUAGGGUUCUUUAUUUUCCAAAAUUCUUGUUUUCUCUUAUUUAAUUACAAACCAUUGCUAACUUCCAUGAAGUUGUUGUUGGGAUAUUUUGUAUCAGUUUUUAAUUGUUUGGUCAGCAUUUUGAUAGUACAAUCAACCCCACAGUAUUUUCAAACCAUCACAUCAAAGGAGAUGAAAACUCUGUAACGGCGCAAAGAAAAACUCUUCCUAUUAAAAAUAGCAUUUCAGUAUCUAAUUUAUGACAGGAUUGUUUUUUGUUUUAUAUUUUUCUCCAGUAACUGUUUUGUCUUUUGUUAAAUGUGUUGCCUGGACCAGUAAAAUGUCUGUAUAUGUUUGUAUUAGUGUAUGGAUGUGCAUAUUGUCUUAAGCCUGAACAAAAUAUGAAUAUGAAUGCAUUAUCACUUAAGACUGUUAAUCACAGUUUUACUUAUGUGGUGGUAUUAGUGUGUUUCCACUGAAAUGAGAAAUGUGGAGUAAAUGCUUUUCAAACUAUAUACAGAAAUUUGUUUAUUUUUAAUGGAUGUGUCCUAGCGUGUUUACGCAUAACAUCCUGUUGAUUUAGUGUACAUGUAAAGAAUGUUCCCUUCAAUUUUGGUUUAUAUUCUGUUUGUUCGAUAUGAGAGUUUUAAAAAUGGCACUGGGUUGGUAACAAUACAAGUUUCCUUUUUCAUUUUCUCGCUAGCUAUCAAAUGGCCUUUUCCUUUUUUUAUCGCCCAUUGCGAUGCAGCAAAGCCUUAUUAGUACACGUUUGGCUCAUUUAUCUGCCCAGCUCAGCCCUGUAUCAUGCAUGUUGCCUUUGGCAAAGAGGUUCUUUGACAAAGGAAGUAUGAUUAUGUAGUUGUGUCACACAACAACCCCAGUGCUGUGAGGGUCCUGCACUGUAUCUUGCAUUUUACUCACCUCCUAUAGCACUUACUUUCUGCUCUUAUGGAUUAAUAUCAGGAUUAUGAUUGUUAUUGUUUUAUAUCCAUAGUUCUUUAGUGUUCUUUCCCUUGGAAAUGUCAGUUUUGUUUGCAUUUAAAUUUUACAAAUUUGCUUAGCCGUAAUAAUGGGGCAAGACGUGUUUGGUUGUGAUAAUGCUUGUUUAUGUCCUGUGUGCAAUUGCAAGGAAACAGACUGAUGUGUUGGAUAUUUUUACGUCUGUAUUAGACAUUUUAUUUGCAAAUCUAUUGUUCGAUUCAAUUGUAAAUGAAUAGAAGAUGGGCAUCCGUCAUUUUAUAUAACCAGAGCCAUCAUUAGAUGGACAUACUGCACAUUUUUAUGACAUAUAAUCAGAUAUAUGAGGCUAUUUAAGGUCACAGAGAGAAAGAGUCUAAAAGUCAGGAAUAUCUUUUGAUGAAAUAAUAGAAGAAAUUAUUUAUAUUGCAUUUGUUUCUUUUUAAAUACCACCAGGCAAAGAUUUCCCUUUUGCUUGUGGCAAUGCAAGAAAGAGUGUAUAGAAAUGUAGCCAACGCACAGUCAAUUCUUACCGGUUUUUUGUUUGUUAUUGCUCUUGAAUCUUGCCUAAGCUUGGCUCUGAUAUGUAGGGCAAGCAUUUGAGAUGAAUCUAAAGGUCAUGACAUGUAGUUGCAUGCCAAGAUAAUAAAACACAGUUACAAAGUCA